AUGGACACCAAUUCUUCAACCAGCAACUCUUCUCAAGAAAUCAGAUCUUUUCCAAAAAGUGAAUCGUCCAGUUUGUGGACCUCUGCCAAAGAUACGUUCAAUGCAAGCACCAAAGGAUAUGAAGCCAAAGUGAUCAACGUAGUGGGCUAUGUACUUCUUCAGAUUGUUCUUGAUCUCACUGUGUUCCAAAUGAUGCUUCGGUAUGCUGUGAGCGCUUGGCGAGGAGAAUUAGCGAGUCUCGACAUGGAUCAAGAAAUUGAGCCAACUCCAGAAAGAGUACAAGUUCUAGGAAUUAUUUUUUUCACUACUGUUGUCGGAUCAGUCAUAUCCGUAUAUAAAAACGCAAUUGGACCCAUCAUGCUGAUUUUGACUCAAAUUGUAAUGGCUGCCGGAGCAUUCUACUAUAUUUCAAUGCCGCUCAUACUUGAAGCAUUUCAAGAAUUCUGGAUAGAAAAGGAAAACAACAUUUGUUUAAUUCAUUUGUCUUAUCACAUCUUCAUCAUCUUGUGCUACUGCUCUAUCUACUUUUUCCCAACCUUCAUUAAUUUGUGGUUCAUGUACUGCACUUUCAUGGUCAUGUUGGUUCUUCUUGGAUUCAAGGUUUUCGGAGACAAAAAAACAAAUGUUGUCAACUCAGCUUCAUCCGACCUAGCAUCAAUGAUUUCUCUAUCAGAAGGAAGUACCCCACCAGAAACAGGUUAUUACGGAGACAAUAGCUCUUUUUCAGAAUAA